AUGUGGAAACGAUUAGGAUUUGGCGAUGCUACAAUAACUAAUGAGCCUACUAUAGAUUACGACAAAACUUCAUCGUCAUUCCCCCACACUCCAACAACUCGUCGUACAGCCUCAUGUGGCAGACAAAAUUCUGAAUCACGGCUUCUGGAUGAUUUAUCAACCCCAACGGGGCUUAGAGAUACUUGGGAUAAUGAUGACGAUGAUUAUGACCAAGAAUUCAGCCGCUACCGUUUUGACUACACUAGGAACCUCGAUUAUGACACUUAUGGCCUAGAUGGUGAUUUACAAAGAGAUGCAGAUAUGAUUCGCGAGUGGACCAAAGAAAGCAAUUCACGAAGCAGGCUUCUACAAACGGAUGGAUUUGAUGAUACACAUUUUUCGCUUCCGCUGAGAUUCCCGGGAAAAUACCAAGUUGCAGAUCAUGUCUAUUCACUGAGGAAUGACGAACACAGGUUGGAUCAGGAGAGCCAGGUUGAUUGUGAAAUCAAGAAGUUGAAAAAGGAGCUUCAAAAAGAUCAGCAGAGCGAGGAAGAUUUGAUGCCAGGGCCAUCGAUUGUCCCUCGUGUUACUGAAGUAACCACAGUUGUCCAAAACCAAUCCAAAUACCUUUCCCAACUCAAGCAACUUGCGGAGCUUGCAGAUGAACAAGAUACCGAUACAGCGACCAAAUACCAAGCCCUCAAGCACGAGUAUUUGCAUGAGCUCAAAAAAGUGGAAUCACUUUACACAUGCUAUUACAACCUAUUAGAAAAGUAUUUAGAGUUAAAUGCAAAAGCAAAAGGAGGAGCGAAAUAG